AGUAAAACAAUAUAUAUACAACAACUGCGGCAUGCAGCCAAAAGCAACGCAACAGCAUCUGUGUUCUCUGCCCGACUGCUACUAUGGCAUCAACGCAACAGAAGGAGUAGUUGUUUACCUAUAUACCCUAAAGGUUUUUACGUCCAACCAGAAAAUUUAGUUUCAGUCGAAAACUACCGUCUCUGACUGCACAAGGGUAAAUGUUGUUUUCGGGUUGUUGCUGAUAUUCAACGCCAACCUAUUCAAGUGUGGCGCGUUUUGUUUUUGUUUUCUUUCGCUUUUCCUAAAAGGAUGCAUAAAAAAUCGUUAUCAAGUAAACUUUCAAGCAUGUGACAAAAUCGGAAUACGCAACUGCAAGUCAAAACAUAAAUUCUAUAUGUACACACAUAAUUUUAUAAACAUAAGGAGCGAACAAAGUCUUUCAAUAUAGACUGGUAAAGUUUUAAAGUUUCAACUAGCACCAGUCACCUAAGGAUGUUAUUUUGUGUUAUUAUAUUUACAAACAGAUAUCAAUUUGUGUGAAAGCCGUCGAUACCGAUAGUGUGAAGUGCAAAACCUGAUUUCCAGUUAUAAUUUGUGUGAAAUAAGAUUCCUUUUGCAUUGGUAACUGAAUGAUAUCUGAAAAUGAAUGUGCAAUCUUCAUUUAAUUCACAAUAUGAAUAAUCAUAUAGUUGCCUUUUUUAGUGCCAUUAGUGUAUCAUAAAACUUAAGAGAAUAUAUUCUUCGUACCUGUAAUUAUUGUUUACACUCGUAAUAUUGUAAAAGUGCAUUAAUCGACUUCAUCCUGUUAUUGAAGAUUAAACCUAUUUACAAAUGCAUAUCCUACAUCGAACCAGUGAUCACCAGUUUGAGGACCAGAAAUUCAUGAUGGAACGCCUAACUAGUCAUGGCAGCUUGGGAUUAUCAAGCAGUAGCCCUGCUUACACUACACACACGGGCGGCCACAGUGGUCGUGGAGGACCUUCUUCUGGGCACGGCAGUCAUGGCAGUACUCAUGGAUCUGCAGCAACAAUGCAUCACCAAUCUCUUCAAUCAGACUUUCAACCGCCCUACUUUCCGCCACCGUUUCAUCAUUCAACUCAAAGUCCGCCCCAACAACAGGUACCUGCAUAUUUACAGAACCAUGGAGCUUUAGAAUAUUUGGGUACAGAUCCAUACGGACAACCGUUAUCAUCACUGCAUCAUGCUCCUUUGCAUCAUUAUAAUCAAUUAGCGGGUUUACGAACAACUCAAGAUCAGCUUGGUAUACACAGAUCUCAUAGGGAAGCGGAGCUACAAGGCCAUGUGGCGCAGCUUUCUCAUGGCUUCCCGUAUACAGAUAGACGAGCAGAUUAUGGUAGCACAAUAUCAGGAGCGGCCGCACAUGGUGGUAGGCUUGCCCACGAACAUGACCCCUUAGCCUUACAUCAAGCACUUCAGAAUGCUGUUGAUGAUGUCCAAAACCCCGGUAUAGAUGACAAUGUCACGUUUAUGUCAGAUCUACCUCUUAUUAAAAGUAUUAAAAGUGGGAAAGAGCUGGGUAAUAUUGGAUCUGGUUCACCCAGUGAGGUAUUUUGCGCUGUUCCUGGACGACUUAGUCUUCUUUCCAGUACGUCCAAAUACAAAGUAACAAUAGCUGAAGUUCAACGAAGGUUAUCACCUCCAGAAUGCUUAAAUGCUUCUCUACUUGGUGGAGUUCUUCGAAGAGCUAAGAGCAAGAACGGCGGACGCCUACUAAGAGAAAAGCUUGAAAAAAUUGGUUUAAAUUUACCUGCGGGAAGACGAAAGGCUGCCAAUGUUACACUACUCACGUCGUUAGUAGAAGGGGAAGCUACUCAUCUGGCAAAAGAUUUUCAUUUCGUUUGUGAAACUGAAUUUCCAGCUCGUCAGUUAGCCGAAUACGUCAUUAGACAUCAAACAGAGCCCCAAGAAUCAUAUCGCAGAAAAGAACUACUUAUUCAUUCCCAGCAGAUUACAAAGGAACUAAUGCAAGUACUUAGCCAAGAUCGUACAACACAAUAUGGCACGAGAUCACAGCACUUACUCGAACCAUCAAUGCAGCGUCACCUCACGCACUUCUCUCUAAUUACUCAUGGGUUUGGAUCUCCAGCUAUAAUGGCAGUUCUGCAUGCUUUCCAGACUUUUCUCAAUGAAUCACUCAACUAUUUAGAUAAAUUAUAUCCCUCAAAUAGUGGAGGUAUGGUGUCCUCCUCGCUGGACAAAAACAAGAUUGAUAGUGACAAAAAAUGAUAGGCCGGACUUGCUUUAUUUUAUUAAACACAAAAACAAAAACGUUUUAAACGAAAUAAAGUAUAAGUUUAUGUUAAGGAAUAAACAAAUUCAAGUUCACCGAGCGUAAUUUUAAUUAUAACAUGUAUCUAUUAAUCUGUUAUUUUUAUUAUAAAUACACAUGUAUGUACAUGAUUAUGCAUAUGCUAUGAUAACAUCCAUUUAUUAAACUUAGAAUUCAGAGACAUACCGACAUGUAUCUAUUUAUGUAUGUAUGAUCCAUUGCAUAGGUUGAUUAUACAUAACCCAUAUUUGGCCACAAGAUAUUAUACUUUCCCUUGAAACCCAAUCAAAUGUGCCAACACAGCUUUGCAGUGAUCCCUUAUACAUAUAUGUGGGGAUGUACAUUUGUAUAUUCAUUAAAAUAAGCAUCAUCUAGAUGCAUCUGUAAGUAUGUUCCAUUCCUGGAAAAUUUGUUGAUGUAUUCUGAAAAAUAGGAUUACAUACAAUAUAUGAGGUAUUGACACAACAAGGUAAUUAUAACAUUUUUGUAACAUAUUAAAUGAAAGGAAAUGUUCAAGAAAUAAUAUAGGCUCUAUGGAAAGAGUUUGAAACUCUAUGAGGUUAUUACUUCGUGCCAUAAAAGUUACGAACCAGAAUAAAUCUCUCAUUUAUAUGAAUAGUGUCAUUAAUCAGAAAAGUCGAUUUUAAUGAGAGGGGUUUAAAGUGUUCAAUCCAUUUUGAAUUAUGAUUUAUUUGAAUUAUUUGUUAAAAAUAUAUGUACAUAUAUAAAUUUAGACGUCAUAAGUUGAACAUGUCGUUAUUGCUGAGAAAAAUCAACAUGAAAAAUUUAAUUACAUUUGCACCAAUAUCGUUAUAACACAAAAUACGUCGUUCUUCCUGAAAAAAAAAAUCAAACUUUUACUCAUGACAAUUCUGGCCAACUGAGAUGUGUUUAAAAAUGAUGCGACAAAAACAAGUGGAAUAACGAUACAUUCUUAUCUCGACUGUUUAUUUUUCUACGCAAUUUUUACACAAUAUGGACAAUGAUAUUACCCACAUUUCUGCAUACUCCACCUAAAAAUCGUGUUUUAUUUUUGAGUUAUGAUACUAUUCACGUUCAAUGUGCGAAUUGUUUUAAUCUUUUGAAUUUUAAACACUUUGAGCUUAUUUUGUUUUAAAAGUCAGAAUGCAAGUUACAAAUAUAGCAACAAAACCUUUGAACUUUUUUGGAAACAGUGAAACACUAGUGAGUUCACUAGCUAUUGGUAACCACCACUGUUACCCACCCGAUUAUCAUUGGUUGUAACCAGUUAACAUUAUUCACUAGAGAGUUCACAACCUAUUUCAGUACUUUCAGCUAUCUCACUACUUACAAACUACUUAUUUAUAAUUACUAUGUUGCGUACCGUGCAUAAUUAAAAACACAUUUUGUUUAAAUAUUAAUUUUUUUAAACACUUUAUUUUAAAAUUUCUUUACAUUUCUAAAUACAGUUGAACUUGCCUAACUUAAAUCACCAUAACCCACAGAAAAACUUCGAGUUAUAGAAAGUUUCAUUAAAACACAAAAUUUUUCAAAAAGCUCUAAAAUAUAGAUUUUUAAUUUAUUUGUUGCAGUUUGUUAUUUUUUGGCUCUUGACAUCUGUAUCCCAUGCAUUUGUUACAUCAUUUAUGCAAUCCAUAAUUGUAAUUUUCGUUCGCCUCUAUACGAUUUCAAAUGUUGGCUCGAGAGUUAAAUUUUGUAUUAUGCCUUGGUCUAAAAGUUCGAUUUAUGGAAGAAAUUUGCAUGAAAUUUGACUUCAAUUGCCAGUUCAAGAUUUCGCGUUAUGGAAGUUCAACUGUAUAAUCAAGUUACAAUUUUUUCACGGAUUUUUUUCUCAUCCAGCUCUGAGUCAAUGGUAAUUGGGUUUGAUUCUUGGAAGUUAAAAAUUACCUUUUUGAGUUUAAAUUUAUAAUUUAUUAAAUUAAAUUAUCUAUUUUGACCUCUUAAAACCUUGUUUUUCUCCUAUUUAUAAUACUCUCGUUCUCCCUCAGCAACAACUGAUCCCUUGGAAUACCUUAGUGUCGUGAAUUCCUUAGUUACUUGUAAUAUAUGAUUUCGGUAGCACAAUUCACUAAUUCAUUCUUACCGUCGUAAUGGCGGGAAUUCCUUUUAACAGAUUUACUGAACUACGUGAACAUGCCAGCAUUUGUAUAUGACAUGUAUUAUACAUAUGAACAUGAUGCAUAUUUAUGAAUCUACAUAUGUAUAUGUAUAAGUAUGUAAAACACUAAAGACAAAUACUAUUUCCUUAAUAUUUACAGUUAUCAAAAAUAGUUCAGUGACAAUUUCGAAGUUCUUUGUAACACUCUUUGGAUUUGGAAAAUAUAUUAAACAUUCUCGCAAAUAAUUUAUAAUCAAAUGUUUUUUAUUUCGUGAUAAAUCAUGAUAAGUUUUAGUUUUAAAAAUAUUAAUAAAUAGAAAAUAAUUGGACAUUUACUUUCUUUAGUAAGAAAAAUAUUCAGUAACGCGAAAAAGCACUUAACAGGUUUAUUCUCAUCUAUGCUUUCUUCACACUGGCAGACUACAGCCAAUGC